GCCAUCCAAGCGAAUGGCCGGGGUCUUGGCAGACGCCGAGAGGCGUCUUGCCGUGCCCAGUUACAAGCAGCGUGCUGAGCUAUGGUCGGAUAAGCUAGCUGGCGAAAUUGUGGACAAAGAGUUCCUGGACACCAAUGCGCCCGUGCUGGCGGGCUUGGUGGGCGCCAGCCUGUCCGCCUACGUGGACCUGGCCUCACAACGCCUGGUACGCGCCUUCAUCGCCUCCGCCUGCCGCCGCUCCGACGCCUUUGUGCGCGCGCUGGCGGCGGUGGUAGUGAAGGCCGCCAGCUUCAAGCCGCCCGCGCCGGGCCCCAGCCGCGCCGAGGCCGAGGUGCUGCUGCACUGGAGCCGCGCGGUGCUGCUGGCGCUGGACGCGGAGGCGCCGGCCGCCAAGAAGGCCGUGGCCAAGCUGGUGGAGAUACAGGUGUCUCUGCUGGACCAGCUGUCGGGCCAACUGACGGAGGCCCAGUUCCUCUCCUACGGCCGCCUGGUGCGCGGCCAGGUGCGGCGGCGGCCCGCGCUAGAGCCCGAGUUCGUGGCGGCCAUCCGCAGCGCUGCCAACGGCAGCGGCGGCGUGCGCGCGCUGCUGACGGACGCGGCGCCGGCGGGUGCGGCGGGGGCGGCGGCGCCGGACAGCCUGUAUGAGCAGCUGCUGGCCGUUUACAUGGACAAGGUGCUGGCGGGUGCCCGCGAGCGCGCCACUCCGGACGUGGUGGCCGCCUACCGGCCGCUGCUGGCGCGCCUCACGCCCGCCGACCUGUCCGGCCGCCUGCUGCCCGCCAUCAGCAAGGCGCUGCGCCGCGUGCCCGACGUGGCGCUGGGCGCGCUGGUUGGCCUGGCGGCCGCCGCGCCCUCCAGCCUGGACCUGAGCGGCGCCGCCAAGGAGCUGGUGCCGGUGCUGGUGAGCCAGAUGCGGCUCAAGGAGGGCGUGCGGCCGGCGGGGCAGGAGGCGGUGCGCGCGCUGGCGGGCCGCACUACGGACGCGGCGGUGCUGGGCGAGCUGGUGGCGGGCAUCCGCAAGAUCCUGGACGGCAGUGCGGAGGGCAAGCUCAAGGUGGCGGCGGAGCGCUCCACGCUGGCGGCGGCGCUGGCGGCGCUGGCGGAGGCGCCGGUGCCGGCGGCGGAGCUGGGGCCGCUGGCGGCGGAGGCGUGCGCCUUCCUGGGCGUGGCUAUUAAGGAGGAGCUCUCUGACGACGUCAAGGUGGCGCUGCUGGCGGCGCUGGCGGCCUGGCUGCCGCCCUCCGCCACCGCGGGCCCCGCGCCCGCCGCCGUGGCCGCGCAGCUGCUGGCUUGCCUCAAGGACACCGCCCGCGAGGCCCUGCGCCGCGCCGCCGCGCGCGCGCUGCUGUCGGCCGUGCGCGCCGCGCCCUCGCUGUCCGCCUCGCUGCUGCUGGUGCCCUCGCCGGCCGGCGGCGCCGCCGAGCCCUGCCUCAAGUGGGCCGCGGACGGCCUGGCCAAGCCCGCGCUGCGCCUGGACGGCGUGCUGGGCGCGCUGGUGGUGGCGCGCGCCGUGCUGGCGGCGGAGGCCGCCGGCGGCGCCGCCGCCGUGGCGCCCGGCGACAAGACCUGGGCGGCUGUGUUCAAGCCCGACUCGGCGCUGCUGGCGCCCGUGAACGCCGCCAAGCUGCCGCCGGCGGACUGCCCGCGCGCCGGCGAGCUGGCGGAGGUGCUGCUAUCCGCGCCGGCCGGCUCGGCCAUCGCCGCCGCCAUCGAGGGCACGCCAGGCUCGCUGGACGCCGUGUGUCGGCUGCUGGUGUGCGCCGGCCUGCACAGCGCCAAGCCCGCGCGGCUGGAGGCGCAGGCCGCCAUCCGGCGCCUGGUUGCGGCGCCCGGCGGCGCGGGCCGGCUGGAGGUGCCGCUGUGCGACGCGCUGCGGCACUGGAUGAACAACCGCGCCGCGCUGCCGGUGGCCGUGGACGCUGCCGCCACCGGCGACGACGCCACGCCCUCCGCCGGCAGCCUGGCCAUGCGCUUCGGAGAGGUGCUCAAGGCCAUCGCGCCGCCACCGCCGCCGCAGGUGGCGGCGGACGGCGCGGCGGCGGCUGCGCCGCUGCCGCUUGACGGCUCCGCCGUCGCGGCGCUGCUGCUGGCAGGCCACCACCCGGCUCUGGAGGCGCCCAUGCGGCGCGCGCAGCACCCCUGGGCGCAGCUGGCGCGGCGGCUGGGGCUGUCGCUGGAUGCGGCGGUGCACGCGCACGCGGCGGAGGUGUGCGCGGUGCUGUCGGGGCCGGCCGGCCUGGCUAGCCCGCUGCUGGAGGACCGGCUGGCGGGCUGCGGCGCGCUGGGGGCGGCCAUGCGGUGCGCGCCCACCGCCAUGUACGGCUUCGUGCACGCUGUGCUGCGUGAGCUGCUGGUGCGCGGCGAGCACGACGGUCUGACGGAGGCUGACAAGGAGGUGUACGAGACGCCGGAGGGCAUGCUGAGCAGCGAGCGCAUCCCCGCCGGCGUGUACGUGCCCGAGGUGGUGGUCAACAAGAACGUCAAGAAGCCGCGCGGCCGCAUGCGGAUGGACAACCGCGCCUUCGCCGACGAUGAUGACGACGACGACGAGCCGGCGCCGGCGCCCGCCAAGCCCGCACCCGUGCCGCCCAGCCGCGCCGGCGCCACCGGCGGCCCCAAGGCCGGCCCCGGCAAGAAGGACGCCGCGCAGCGCCAGGAGGAGUUCCGCCGCAACAAGCUGCAGCAGGAGACGGACAACCGCGCCCGCAUGCGCGCGCUCAAGGCGCGGCUGGAGCUGGGCCUGCGUGCCCUGGGCCAGGUGGUGGAGCAGGCGCCGCGGCACGCCGCCACACACCUGGAGGCCUACCAGGAGCUGUGCCUGCCGCUCAUGAGCAGCUGGCUCGUGGGCGAGGUGGCGUUCGACGCGGUGCGCGCGCUGAGCACCUGCAUGCCCGGCCGCCUGGGCAGCGCCGCCAUCACGCUGACCUGCUGCCUGCGCCUGGUGGCGGCGGCGCAGCGCGGCGCGGGCCUGACCUACCGCGACGUGGCCUCGCGCCCCGCCACCGCCAGCGUGGUGCACGCGCUAGCGGCGGUGACGGCGGCGGCGGGGCAGCAGCUGCCGUCCAGCAGCUACUGCUACGUCUUCCCCGUGCUGCAGGCUGUGCUGAUGAGCCCUGUGCACACGGCCCUGCACGACGAGUGCGUGGCGGUGCUGGCGCUGCACGUGGCCCCCGGGCUGGACAUCCCGCGCCGCGGCUCCCUGGAGCUGCUCUACUACCUGCUGGGCGUCAUCCCCGCAUACAGGGACCGGCUGGUGCCGCUGCUGCGCUCGCUGUGCGCCGGCUGCCUGGAGGAGGACCUGCCCGCCGCCACCUCGGGCCUCACGCACCCCGCGCCGCACGUGCGCGCCGCCGCCCUGGCCGCGCUGCCCUCCGUGCCCCUCCUGGGCGAGGGCGCGCUGCCGGCCUCCGACGCCUCCACCACGGCGCUGCUGUGGCUGGCGCGCAACGACACCGGCAGCGAGGACAACUGCGGCGCGGCGGCGGCGCUGUGGGAGCUGUGUGGCGCGGUGCUGGAGCGGGAGGCGCUGUUCCGGCUGGUGCCGCUGCUUGCCUCGGAGGCGCGUGACGUGCAGACGUCCGCCGCCGCCGCGCUGGCCGCCGGCCUGGAGGUGCACCCCGGCUGCGUGACGCAGGUGCUCACCGCCCUCACAGAGCUCUACCACCCCGAGUCCAGCCUGAUCAGCCGCAUCGGCGUGGCGGCGGCCCUGCGCGCCGUGGCGCCGCGCCUGGGCGACGGCGACGUCAACCCCGCGCUGGACUUCCUCAUUGGCACCGGCCUGGCGGACGGCGACGAGGCGGUGCGCGAGCACAUGGUGGCGGCGGGCAUGGCGGUGCUGGACGCGCACGGCGCCGCGCACGCGCCGCGGCUGCUGCCGCUGUUCGAGGGGCACCUGGACCGCAAGGGCAAGUGCGCCACGCCGGAGGAGGAGGAGCGCUUCGACCUGGUCCGCGAGGGUGUGGUGGUGCUGCUGGGCACCAUUGCUCGCCACCUGCCGCCCUCCGACCCCAAGCGCGCCUCCGCGCUGGACCUGCUGCUGGGCGUGCUGGGCACCCCCUCCGAGUCCGUGCAGCGCUCCGUGUCCAACUGCCUGCCGCCGCUGGUGGCGCCGCUGGCCGCCAACGCCGAGUACACGCAGAGCCUGGUGGACCGGCUGCUGCAGCAGCUGACGCACGGCGCCAGCUACGGCGAGCGGCGCGGCGCGGCGUUCGGGCUGAGCGGGCUGGUGAAGGGGCUGGGCAUCAUGGCCAUGAGGAACUACAACAUCAUGGAGAGCCUCAAGGCGGCGGUGGAGGACAAGAAGGACCCGGUGGUCCGCGAGGGCGGCCUGCUGGCGUUCGAGUGCCUGUCCGACAAGCUGGGCAAGCUAUUCGAGCCGUACGUCAUCCACGUGCUGCCCAUGCUGCUCAACUGCUUCGGAGACCCCAGCCCGCAGGUGCGCCAGGCCACGGAGGACGCGGCGCGCAUGAUCAUGGGCCAGCUGACCGCCAGCGGCGUGAAGCUGGUGCUGCCGGCGCUGCUCAAGGGCCUGGAGGACAAGGUGUGGCGCACCAAGCAGGGCAGCGUGCAGCUGCUGGGCGCCAUGGCGCACUGCGCGCCCAAGCAGCUCGGCACCUGCCUGCCCACCAUCGUGCCCAAGCUGGGCGAGGUGCUGUCAGACCCCCACCCCAAGGUGCAGACGGCGGCGCAGGAGGCGCUCAACGAGAUCGGCAGCGUGAUCCGCAACCCCGAGGUGCAGCGCCUGGUGCCCUCGCUGCUGUCCGCCAUCGCCGACCCCAACAACGCCACGCGCGCCUGCCUGGACGUGCUGCUGGACACGGUGUUCAUCAACACCAUCGACGCGCCCUCGCUCGCGCUCAUCGUGCCGGUGGUGCACCGCGGCCUGCGCGACCGCUCCGGCGACACCAAGAAGCGCGCCGCGCGCACCGUGGGCUCCAUGUGCUCGCUGGUCAACGACGCCAAGGACAUGGGCCCCUACGUGCCGCUGCUGAUGCCGGAGCUGCAGAAGUCGCUGGUGGACCCGCUGCCCGAGGUGCGCGCGGUGUCGGCCCGCGCCAUCGGCUCGCUGAUGAAGGGCAUGGGGCAGGACGCCUUCGGCCACCUGGUGCCCUGGCUGCUGGAGACGCUGUCCUCCGAGGCCUCCUCCGUGGAGCGCAGCGGCGCCGCGCAGGGCCUGGCGGAGGUGGUGGCGGUGCUGGGGCCGGACCACCUGGACGCGUUGCUGCCCGACGUGCUGGCGUCCGCGGGCGGCCGCAGCCGGCCGGCGCAGCGCGAGGGCGCGCUCACGCUGUUCCAGUUCCUGCCGCUCACCAUGCACGACGCGCUGCAGACGCACCUGCCGCGCGUGCUGCCCGCCAUCCUGGACGGCCUCAGCGACGAGGCGGAGGGCGUGCGCGACGCGGCCCUGGCUGCGGGCCGCAUCCUGGUUGACAACUACGCCAACAGCGCGCUGCCGCUGCUGCUGCCGGCGGUGGAGGAGGGCGUGUUCUCCGACAACUGGCGCAUCCGCCAGAGCUCGGUGAAGCUGCUGGGCAAGCUGCUGUUCAAGGUUGCUGGUGCCAGCGGCAACGUGGUGCUGGACGGCCACGAGGACGAGGAGGGCGUGGCGGAGGAGAGCUACGGCGAGGCCAUCAUCGCGGCGCUGGGCAUGGCGCGGCGCAACGAGGUGCUGGCGCGGCUGUACGUCAUCCGCACCGACGUGCAGUACACCGUACGGCAGGAGGCGCUGCACGUGUGGAAGACCGUGGUGGUCAACACGCCCAAAACCCUGGGCCAGAUCCUGCCCGACCUCAUGCAGCUGGUGAUCGAGUCGCUGGCCGACGACGGCGAGGACCGGCAGCACGCCGCGGCGCGCUGCCUGGGCGAGCUGGUGCGCAAGAUGGGCGAGCGCGUGCUGGCGCGCAUCAUCCCCAUCCUGCGCGAGGGCGUGGCCUCGCCCAGCGCCGCCACGCGGCAGGGCGUGUGCCUGGGCCUGAAGGAGGUGCUGGACAACAUGGGCCGCCACCAGCUGCAGGAGCACCUGGCCGAGGUGCUGCCCACCGUGCAGUCCGCGCUCACCGACGCCGACGCGCACGUGCGCGAGGCCGCCGGCGCCGCCUUCGGCAUCCUGUUCAAGGGCAGCGGCGGCGCGGGCGGCGGCUCCGCGGUGGACGGCGUGGUGCCGGCCAUGUUGGCGGGCCUGGAGCACGACAAGCGCUACCACGAGUCGCUGGAGGGGCUGCGCGUCAUCCUCAUGGUGCGGCCGCAGAUCUUCCACUUCGUGUGCCCCAAGCUGCUGCACCGGCCGCUGCUGCUGAACAACGUGCGCGCCAUCGGGGAGCUGGCGGAGGCCGCCGGCACCCACCUGAACAACCACCUGGACGAGUUGCUACCGGCGCUGCUGGGCGCCGCCAGCGGCAGCCGCGCGGUGGCGGCGGCGGACGGGCACGACGAGGCGGACUUGGCGUCGGCGGGCCGCGCGGCGGCGUCGGCGGCUGUGGUGGCGGUGGCGCUGGCGGUGGAUGAGGAGGGGCUGCACCUGCUGGUGCCGGAGAUGGUCAAGGCGCUGGACGACCCCGCCACCCGCAACGGCGCGGCGCAGCUGAUCAGCGCCUUCGCCGCCGCCUCCAAGCACGAGUUCCAGGAGCACGUGCCGCAGCUCAUCCAGUCCCUGGUGUUGCUGCUGGCCGAGGACGCGGCCGCCGAGGACUUGACGCUGUACUGGAAGGCGCUGGAGGCGGUGUGCGGCUCCAUCCCCAAGGACGAGCUGCCCGAGUACGUGCACUGCCUCAAGGUGGCCAUUGCGGACGCGCGCGAGAAGGAGCGCCGCAAGCGCAAGGCCGGGCCGCUGCUGCUGGCGGGCCUGUGCACGCCGCCCAAGGCUCUGGCGCCGCUGCUGCCCAUCUUCCUACAGGGAGUGCUGCAGGGCAGCAGCGCCGAGGUGCGCGAGUCCGCCGCCGACGGCCUGGGUGACCUGGUGUCGGUGACGAGCGAGGACGCGCUCAAGCCCUUCGUGGUCACCAUCACCGGCCCGCUCAUCCGCAUCAUCGGCGACCGCUUCCCCGCGCCCAUCAAGGCAGCCAUCCUGGGCACCCUGGGGCUGCUCAUCAGCAAGGCCGGCGUGGGCUUGAAGCCCUUCGUGCCGCAGCUGCAGACCACCUUCCUCAAGUGCCUCAACGACACCAGCGAAGUGGGCGGCGAGAUUGUCCGCACCCGCGCCGCCGACAACCUGGGCGAGCUGACCCGCAUGAGCGCCCGCCUGGAGCAGCUGGUGCAGGACCUGGCCAACAGCGGCCGCACCGCCGAGCCGGCCGUGCGGUCCGCGCACCUGCGGGCGCUGCGCGGCGCGCUGCUGGCGGCGGGCGAGCGGCUACAGCCGGCGGCGGUGGCGGCGGUGGCGGACACGCUCAAGGACACCAUGAAGGCGGCGGCGGGCGACGACGACGAGUACCGCGUGUACGUGGGCAGCUGCCUGGGCGCGCUGUGCCGCGUGGCGCAGCCCGACACGCUCAAGGCCAUCCUGGCCGCCGGCCCGCUGGCGGUGCAGCAGCCGCCCGCCGCCGCCGCCCGCCAGCUCAACGGCGUGGUGCUGGCCACCGCCGCCAAGUACGCCGGCGCCCGGCUGGAGGACGCGGGGCUGCUCAAGCCCUUCACCGACGCCAUCAAGGCCGCGGCCCGGGACGCCGACACGGGCGUCAAGACGGCGGCGGCGCGCGCCGCCGCACGCCUGGCAUCGGCAGUGGUGGGCGCCGGCUCGGCGCAGGCGGGCGGCGUGCUGACGGCGACGGUGGCGACGCUGCAGGCGCUGCUGGGCCCGGACCAGGGCUCGGAGGUGGUGCGCGUGACGCUGCUGGCGGUGCGCGGGCUGGCCAUGGACCUGGCGGCGGGCGGCGAGGCCAGCGAGGCGCUGCUGGACCCGCACGCGCCGGCGCUGGUGCCGUCCAUGUGCGCGGUGCUGGCCACGGGCCAGGUCAGCGGCAUCACGCGCAGCACGGCGGAGGCGGCGCUGCAGAAGCUGCUGCGGGUGGAGUCGGGGCUGGAGGUGGCGCAGCGCUACCUGGCCAGCGGCCCGGCGGCGGUGGCGCGCCAGACGCUGACGGACAGCUUCCUGCGGCGGCUGCAGAAGCUCACAGACGAGGACCUAUUCGCGAGCGAGGAGUACUAAAUACAAAAGCCGUGGUCCAGGUCUAGGAGGAUUUGGCCUAGGCGUGCGGUGGAUUAGCUGCGAGAGGCGAAGCGGUAGAAACCGUAGAGGUGUGCAGUUCACAUGUGUGCAAUGCUACACACUUGAGGGCUGCGGCGGAUGCAGCUUUAGGCUUUAGACAAGCACGGUGCGAGUUCGGCAGGUUGCAUGUGACUGGUGCAGUUUCGGGAGCGUGCACUGUUCGCGUGUUUCCCCGGUUGUUGGGGCGUAGUUGGCUUGAUCACUGGCGUAAGCGCCCUCACGAGUAGAGAGCACGCGCGCGUGUGACCACUUUUCAGGGCUGGCUGGCUGGCUCACACGAUAGCAAUGACGUGAGCCGGUACAUGUGACGGACGGUCACAAGACAAGAACGUGUGCACCGUGCACGGCAUGCAGUUACAGUCCUUCUCACGCCGGGCUGUCACGCUCCGGCCCACCAGGUAAUCCCAGGCUC